UUGUACUCGAUAUUCAUUGUUAAGGAUGACCCUAGUUUUCACACCAGCCAGAAUUCUUCCCAGCUCUCAGUUACUUAUUCAAGAGGACAUUUAAGCUGUGCCAUUUGUGGUUUAGUGGUGCUCAAUGUAAAUCUCAUAGCGAUAACCCUUAUAUUACUAUACGGAGUAGUAAUCCACAGUGGAAUGAAAUGGCCAAAUCCGGAAGAUGAUCCCCUUGUAUUUGUUGCGAACCCUGUGGAAGCGAAUAUGCCCGGCCACUGGAUACCGGCGAGCGUGGUGAAGGCGAUACUUAGCGGUAUUCAGACAACGCAAAAAAUCAAACAAUUUAAAGAAAGGCAUAUGACCACACCACCGUCUACAACCACUAGUCCUACAACGACAACAACCACUUCUGUACCACCCACUACCGCUAAGACACCCACUACCACACCAACCACCCUUACAACAGCCACUCCAAUGUCUACAACUACACCUACACCUACAACCACGACAACUACACGCACAACCACGACAACCACUCCCACAACCAUAACAACUACGCCUACAAACACGCCAACAACGCCUACAACCACGACCAAUUCGACUAGCAUUCCAACGACGACGACAACCACUUCUGUACCACCCACUACCGCUAAGACACCCACUACCACACCAACCACCAUUACAACAGCCACUCCAAUGUCUACAACUACACCUACACCUACAACCACGACAACUACUCCUACAACCACGACAACCACACCCACAACCACGACAACCACAACCACAAACACGACAACCACUCCCACAACCAUAACAAUUACGCCUACAAACACGACAACAACGCCUACAACCACGAUAACCAAGACCAAUUCAACUACCAAAACCACAAAAAAGAUGAAGUAUAUUGCAAGUCAAGGAAACCAUUCGUAA